CACGUGUAGCACGUGCUCGAGCGCGCCCCUCAAUAUUAGUCAAGUGGCGUGUCCCACUUUUCCCAGGCGAAAAUUGGAAGAACGCACCCCUGUUUUUCUCAGAAGUUACAAUCCACCACCAUCCCAACCACUGAACAAGGCCUUUCAAGUGUCAUUCCAACAUUAUGGUUGCCUCGAAAACCAAAAAGUCAUCCAAGUAUACGUAUGCAGAACGGGUUCUAAGCGCAUUUUCACAGGCACAGAAAGAGCACAGGAGGCAUAGUGUACACCUCGCUACCCUACGUGCGCAUGUGAGAAAGAUUGCGAAAGAUAGGAAAGAUAGGCUAGGUCCUCAGUGGGCAUCAUGGGUAGGAAAGGCUGUGAAGAAGCUUGAAGACCAGGGAGUUUUGCACCCUGUCGACUCAAGUGGGUACGUGGGCAUGACUCCGGAGGGCAAAAAAGUCCUCUCCUAUGCUCGUCGCAAGCUCCUUCCGACUGCCACCGGGGACGCAUCACCUGCACAAGAAGAUGCUGUAUGGAAAAACGUCACCGAACAUUUCUCCCCAUCAGUGUAUAAACGGCAUCACGCGAUAUCUGCAUCUCGUUUAAAGUCAGUUCUCGGCGAGGAAGAAGUCGAGGAAGAUAGCGCUUCCGUACGCGGAAGUCCUAGAGCAAAGAGACAGCGACGGGCACCGUCCCCUGUCAAGCCCUCCGAGCGAUCCUUGACAAAGAUGACCAAAGCAGAGCUUCAAACUAAGGUCCGAGAGCUCCAAAAGGCAAAGCUUAUGGAUCAACAACUAAAGGCGCAACUUGCGGACCGCGAGGAGCAACUAGGAGCAGUCCAAGAUGAGCUUAGGAUGUUGAAACUCUCUGCUGAAAAGGCGCUCGCAACAAUGCACGAAGAGGAACUGACAGAAUUGGAUGACCAGGAAUUUCAGCACAGCAUGGACGAAGAAUUGCCAGCUCCAGACUUCUCAAUAUUUGAUGUUCAGACCCCACGAGCCGGAACGCCUGCAGGGCAAGGUGCAGGUGUGACACGGACCCAAUCAGGGUCUAUCAUUCACGAUAUAUCUAUGCGGCCCACUCCUGCACCAAGCUCUCCUGAUCUGGAACGCGACCGGAGGUACCGAGACGAUGAAAACUUGUUUACGGACCAACAUCACGAACAUCUUCGCACCCCCGAAUCUCUGCCAGACCGCAGGGCCUCACAGACUGAUGAACAACAGCUUGCUUUGGCGAACACGAUUGAUGUCAUGGAGAAGGAGAUCGCAAAGCGCACGACGGAGAUUCAGACUCUCAAAGACACAGUGACACGCCUUCAGAACGAGUAUGACACCCUGACAGGCGCGGUUGAUAACCAUAAGUCACGCAUAAUUGAUCUUGAGGGCGAAACCGAGCACCUUCGGGCCAUCAUCAACGAACUCGAAUCUGGGAAGCGCGAUCUGCAACAAUGCCUUGCUGAUCGCGAUCACAAUGUCAUUCAACUCCAAAAUGCAGUUCUCGAGCACGAGCAAGUCGCCGUCAAGCUCAACGAGACGCUCGCUCAGAAGGAAGCCUCGCUGAAUGCAAUUUCAAUAGAGGCCGAGACACUUACGCGCAGCAAUAAUGAAAUCAUUUCUGGGGUGCAGGGAAUAAAAGAGGAAAUGGCUGCUGCGCGAGGCGAGAAUAGGCGUUUGACUGAUGAGCUCGCUAGUUCUCUCAGAGCAAAAGAAAUCCUUCGAGAGCGGAUGGUGGAACUGGUCCGAACCACAGAGGAAAGACAAGGGGAGCUCGCCCAAGCCUUAAGUGUCGCGCAGAACGAAGCCGGCCAUGGCGCUGUGCUCGCCCAGGAGCUUCUCGUCAUGACCGAAGCUACCAGCGAGCUCGAGAAACAGCUCUCUAAGGCCAAUAGCACCGCGACGGCCCUCGACGCUGAACUUGCGGAAGUCCUUGGACGCAAUGGUCAACUUGAGUUGGCUUUAGAUGACUCCAGGAAGGAGAUUGAAGAGUUGAAGAGUAGGAUCACGUUUGCCGAGAUGAGGGAGGCAGAAUUGUCGUCAAAAUUGUUCACCGCUGAUGCAACAAGGCAGUCCUUGGAGGAUGCCGUUGCGAUCAUGAAGAAUGCUUCACGGGUUGAACGAGUGAAGGCACAAUCUACCGUCCUUGGGCUCCUCGAGAAAAUUGAUGGACUGCAAAUUCAGCGCGAUAACGAAGUUCGGGGUUUCGCCAGCAGAAUUACAGCCUAUGAAGAUGAAGUCGAGGAUCUUCAAUUGAACCUUCGCAGCGCGAACGAGGCUCAGCAGAGCGCCCUUGCUGCAAUCAACAAGUCCAAACAUGACUUUGUGCACUUGGAGAAUUCGCUCACCGCAGAGCAGGCCACUUGUAAUGGCCUUCGGGUCAGUCUGACUGAAGCACGGGAGCAAAUCUCUAGCUUGAGAGUCGCAAAGACAGCCUGCGAGUCGGCCAUCGCCAAUCUCAAGGCUGUUUAUGAUCAGGGGAAGAGAAUGCAAACAGACUGGAUGUCUGGGAUGGAGAGCACGUUUGCUUCUGCACAACCGGCUUCGUUGGGACACGCGUGAUGAUGCAUUUGCCUGAGCUAAUGUCAAGACUAAUGCAGAGUCAGAAAGACGGUCCUCAUAUGUACAAUGCAGGUUUCACGGUAGACCAUUCAUCUGGACUUGAACAUUUAUCAGGCUGUAGAUAUACGUUAACGACAUUUGUGUUGAUUUAAGAUAGAAUUUACUUUACAAGUAGCUAAGCAGUCACAAAAUCGAGCCUAUGAUACUUUGAUGAA